AUGCAAAAAUCUACCUCUUUAUUUAAGUCCACUCUUCGUGCUUCUUCUGAAGCUGCUUCAAGAGCUGCUGCUGUUACACCUUCCACUUCUUCUUCUACUCAAACCUUGAGAAACAACAAGCUGAGAAUGAGAAUCAGAGUCAAUUGCGCUGGUAUCGUACAAACUUCUGAACUCUCGUCUGUUAAAUGCUUUCACACAUCUGCCGCGAGAUCUUUUCAUACGUUCAACCGAAACUUGUCUCCCUUUAAUACAAAAGAGUUGUACUCCCAAAAAUCAUCAGAGACAUUUUCCCCUCAGAUCUAUUCUCAACAAGGUUAUGUAUCUGUCGCUGGUUCUAAUGCAUCUUAUGACUUUUUGGAAAAGCAGGGCGAUCAUAUUCCUCAUGCUGACUCUGCUUCGGCUGUUAGUGAUAUUUCUGGACCCACAAAUACCACCUUUUCUAAGGAUCACCACUCAGAGUAA